CGAAAAACACAUGACACCGACAUUACAUGUCAGCCUAACCACCUCAACAUCAUCGAUCUACUCACAACGGAACGUGGUGAACAAUGUCGCUGUCGAUGCUCGUUGGAGGUUCCGAGUGUGGCCCAACGAACCCCCUGCAAGGACUCACUAACAGGUUCGAUCAAGAUCGCGGACCACAACAGGACUUGUUAGCGAGAGCAGGACCAGCCAAGGAGACAUUCCGCACCCCCCAGUCAUCCACGUCUUCUGAACUCCAAAGAGAUGUAGCGCAGUUCUUCUCCCCACCUACAUCCGACAUACAGAGGCCGGUGAUGCAUACUGCCCAGUUCCAACAGCAGCAACGAUUUCAACAACAACCGUUCGACAUGUUGCAUUUACAGGAAUCGCUGCCCCAGCUGGCUUCCCCGUCUGGUCCUAAUACUACUACCGCACAACCUCCGCGUGGAGCGUUCGCGGAUGCCGGGUGGGCGGGUGAUUUCUUGCAGACUCACCAUCGGCAACCGCAAAGUGUGGGAGGACACGGGCAGACGCAGGGGACAGUGGCCUCGUCUACCACACUAAACAGGGAUAUCCAGGAGCCCGCACUACCCUUUGUUUCAGCAGGUCCACAAGCAUGGGAAAUGUAUACAGGAUAUCGGAUGGGUCCGAUGAACAUAGGAGGCAUGACGCUACCAAUACAUGGACAGACUCAAGCACAGGGGUUAACCGAUCGGAUGCUAUGGGACAAGGAAUUCCAAUCUCAGGAAUCUCUUCUUAGUCUUACAUCAACCUCAUCCACCGUCUCCGAUGUAAAGCAAAAGGAAGGUUUCGAUCAACAAACACAGCAGCCGUCGACGUCAGCGGAGUCACGCCCAACAGACGAGAUGGCCCGACUCGCCGCACAAGUUAUCGAUUCAGUGAAGCACGAGGAAAACCCCAAAUUCACAAAGAGCUCGUUCAUGAGCUUGAUGCGGCAGCUGCGGGAUGGGGAGGUCGUUGUUGAUCAGGAAGGAUUCGUGCCAAGCGAUUUGGCUUCCACUUCCACGUCGGCGGCUGCCACAGCCACCGGUAGCAUGAAAGGAAAAGGAAAAGCGCGAGCGGUAGAUGUGCUUGGCACCGAGCCGAAGACAGAAUCGCACACUUCCAUUCCUGCGCAACAGGGCGAUGCACACGAAGCAUAUUUUCAGCAGGAGAACGAGGAUUUCCGCGCGUGGUGGGAAGCUCACUAUGCGGGGCCCUCGAAUUCUACAGCUGAGUCAUCCACUGCUGCUACGUUAACCUCGCCGGCAGUGUUGCAGAAGCAAGGAGAGGCUAGACAGUGGUUUGAACUGCAAGAUGCCUGGGAGCAAUUUGAAGCAACGACGACGGGGAUACAGCCGGUGGUGGAGUAUAAAUUCCAGAAAGAGAACCCUUAUAUGGGAGAGAAGCUGGAAGCGGGAAGGACAAGACACCAUGCCAUGCACGUUGGUGGGGUAGAAAGGAUGUACGAGAAUGUGCUCGAGGUCGAGGCGGCUGUCCAACGGGACCCAUACAAUGGGCGCGCAUGGUACGAACUUGGAGUACGGCAGCAGUCUAAUGAGCGAGAGGCCAAAGCCGUGCAGGCUCUGCGUCGCUCUCUAGAGCUAGACCCAUCGUACCUCCCAGCGUGGCUGGCGCUCGCCGUUUCAUAUACAAAUGAGAACAACCGAAUGGGAACGUACAACGCCGUGCUGGAGUGGGUGUCAAGGAAUCCUGAUCCCAGAUAUAGUGAGGCUGUUAAAGCAUGGAGAGACGAGUUGUCGGGGAACGGAUCGGUCAAUUUCUAUAGGCUGGUGGACUUGCUGAUUGACAUGGCAAGAAUAUCUGGCGGUGGAACGCAAGAAGUGGAUGCGGACGUGCAGAUCGCGUUGGCUGUGUUGUUGAAUACAAUGGAGGACUAUUCGCGAGCGCUGGACUGCUUCCUCACAGCACUGGCUGUUCGCCCUGAUGACUGGCUGUUGUACAACAGGGUAGGUGCGACGAUGGCGAACAGCGGACGCGCCGAUGAGGCACUUCAGUAUUACUACCGCGCUCUUGAGUUAAACCCGGGGUAUAUCCGUGCGCGAUACAACCUAGGCAUAUCUUCUAUCAACCUCCGUCGCCACGAAGAAGCAGCCACACACAUCCUCGACGCUCUGGUCCUGCAAGACCGCGAGGGAGGUGAUACCGUGGAGACGGGAGGUGCCGCGAGUAGACGUGGUGUAACAUCCUCAGCGUUGUGGGACAGUCUGAAAACCACUUGUUUGCAUUUGCAGAGGGUAGACCUCGCAUCGAUGUGUGACCAUCGGGAUUUGGAUGGAUUCAGGAGUGCCUUUCAAGGAGAUCUAUGAAUGCCCAGAGGUGGUUGAAAAUUUCGUGGAUUAGAGUUGGUGCCAACUGUAGUACAGUGUUUUUGAGCAGCUUCA